GCCAGACGAUGGACCGACUGUUGGACUUUCCAGUCAUCCCCCCUGAUCCAACACUCCGGUCACCACAUACACAAUGCCGCUGCCAUGGCUGGACCAGCCCAUCAUGAUCGAAGGCUCGCGCAUGAGCAUGUGCGACCAGACUGCCGACGAGUGCGCAUACAAGGCGGAACGCUUUAGGAACUGGUACAUUGCCGACUACGUCUAUGCGCAGGGCGCGACCUACUUCUUUGUCGCUGCCAUUGGGGCCUGCAUGCUCGCCUAUGCAGCUUCGAGCACUGCGCCAUCGUCUCUGGCCAAGACGCGGCUCUGGUGCAAGUCCGAAGCACUCCUCCGGUAUCUGGCGUACCGUCGCUGGACAAUCGCGGGCUACCCGACUGUAUCGGUGGGAGUUGCACUGCUCAUCGCGUGCGGGGCGGUCUUUUUCGCAGCAAUGACACUGGGACCUCAGCCAUACUACUGGCCGGACAUUAGCUGGGGCGGCUCGCCCCCCAUCGCGACUCGGGCAGGAUGGAUGGCGCUCGCAUGCCUCCCGUUUAUGCUGGCGCUCUCGACCAAGGCCAACAUGAUUGCCGCCGUCACAGGGGUCUCCCACGAGAAGCUCAUUGUCUUCCACAACUGGACUGGCUGGGCCAUGUUCGUCCUUGCACUGAUCCACACAUUCCCUUUCCUCGUGGUCGACUUCCAAAACGGCAUAAUGGAGCAGCAGUGGACAGGCUCCAUUUUCUACUGGUCCGGGGUCGUGGCACUGAUCGCCCAGGCAUACCUGCAGUUCUUUUCUUUAUCCUUCAUCCGGAACCGGUUCUACGAGUUCUUCAAGGCCACCCACCUCCUCAUGGCGCUCGUCUUUGUCCUCUUCCUCUUCUUCCACUGCGACUUCACCCUCACGUCCUGCUACUACUUCAUCGCCGCGGCCGUCCUGUACUUCUCGUCCCUCGCCUUCGCGCAGGUGCGCACGUGCUUUGAGCACGGCCUGUCCCUGCGCGCGACGCUCGACCUCGUCGCCCCGGGCAUGGUGCGCGUCACGGUCCCCGCGCGCCGCAACACGACCUGGCGGCCGGGCCAGCACAUGUUCCUGCGGUUCCCCGGGGGAGGAGCAGUGGGCGGUGCGGCUCACGGCCUGACAUCUCACCCGUUCACUAUCUGCAGCGUGCCGUUCUCGGCCACGGGGGAGAGUCUUGGAAACAACGGCGGCGACGACAACGACGGCGAGAAGAAGAACGAGCCGCGCAACGAGCUGGUCUUUUAUGCAGCCGUGCGCGGCGGCAUCACGGGCAAAUUGGGCCGUAUUGCUGGUGCUGUUGUUUCCGGUACACCACACCGGGACUCACCAUCAUCAUCACCAUCAUCGUCAACGUCAUCGACGCGCACCACGGUGCCUGUGCACCUCGACGGGCCGUACGGGGGCAUCAAGGGCCGGCCCCUGGACUCGUUCGACGACAACCUGAUCAUCGCGUGCGGCGCCGGCGCCGCCUUCUCGCUGGGCUUUGUGAUGGACGCAAUGCUGCUGAGGGCCGCGACGAGGAGGCACGCUACUACUGCAACCGAAGGAGGAGCCGGCAUAACGCCCCGGCUCGAGGUUGUGAUUGCCACGCGUGACAGAGCGCUCUUGGGGUGGUACUCAGACGCGCUGGCGACGUUUAUACAUGCGAACGGCCUUCCGGCAGACUGCGUCAAGGGGGUGCGCAUCUCGGUCUACGUCACAGCAGGGACAGGCCCGACCGCAGCAUCGUCAUCGUCGUCGUCGUCGUCGCCGUCCACGAAAGAAGUGGAUGUCGAGACUAAAGGGGAUGCUGCCGCCGCCGUGGUUGUCGGGUCCCUCCCGACUGCCGCACCAUCCGUGGGCGGUCUACUGCAGAUCGAGACCAUCGCGGGCCGGCCUGACAUCAGCGCGCUGAUACACGGCGCUUCUUCUUCUUCUUCGACAGGGCAGCGGCAGCAGCAGUCGCGCACAUCGUCGCUGGCCAUCGUGGCGUGCGGGCCGGGCUCGGUGCUCGAGGAGGUCCAGGCCGCGGCUGCGCAGGCCCAGCUGCGGAUCUUGGCUGGUCGAGAGGGGGCACGGACGCAGGUGUACCUGCAUACUGAGCACUUUUCCUGGUAACUGAAGGAACUACUCGAGGUGGCUCGCAAAGAGCGCUGAGGAGUUCUAGGCGUUUGUGAUUGUGCUUUUGGGCUUUUGGCGAACGAGGAGGCACUCUACUUGCCUGAGUUGCCUAGUU